AAGAAGCAGCUCUCGGUGGAACACAUCUACCAGAAGAAGACGCAGCUGGAGCACAUCCUGCUCCGGCCCGACACCUACAUCGGCUCCGUGGAGACAGUCACCCAGCAAAUGUGGGUGUUUGAUGAGGACGUGGGCCUGAACUGCAGAGACGUGACCUUUGUGCCUGGCCUCUACAAAAUCUUCGACGAGAUCCUGGUCAAUGCUGCAGACAACAAGCAGAGGGAUAAAAGCAUGUCGUGCAUUAAAGUCACAAUUGAUGUAGAGAAUAACACAAUCAGCGUAUGGAACAACGGGAGAGGUAUUCCAGUUGUUGAACACAAAGUGGAGAAGGUCUAUGUGCCUGCCCUUAUCUUUGGACAGCUACUCACGUCCAGCAACUACGAUGACAACGAAAAGAAAGUCACAGGUGGACGAAAUGGUUACGGAGCCAAACUGUGCAACAUAUUUAGCAAAAAAUUUACUGUGGAAACUGCAUGUAGGGAAUACAAAAAGUUAUUCAAGCAGACCUGGACAGACAACAUGGGAAAGGCCGGUGAAAUGAAGCUGAAACAUUUUGAUGGAGAAGAUUACACGUGUGUCACUUUCCAACCUGAUCUGUCAAAAUUCAAAAUGACAGUUCUCGAUAAAGACAUUGUAGCACUAAUGUCUCGAAGAGCCUAUGAUGUUGCUGGAUCCACAAAGGGUGUCAGAGUUUUCCUGAACGGACAGAGGCUGCCUGUGAACGGAUUCCGCAGUUAUGUGGACCUUUAUCUGAAGGACAAAGUAGAUGAAACCGGUAACGCGCUUAAGAUUAUCCACGAGGAAGUAAAUCCUCGGUGGGAAGUGUGUUUGACUUUAAGUGAAAAAGGCUUCCAGCAAGUUAGCUUCGUCAACAGUAUUGCCACUACAAAGGGUGGCAGGCACGUUGAUUAUGUAGCUGACCAACUCGUGACUAAAAUUAUUGAUGUUGUGAAAAAGAAGAACAAGAAUGGAGUUGGAGUGAAGCCUUUUCAGGUGAAGAACCACAUGUGGAUUUUCGUGAACGCCUUAAUUGAAAACCCAACCUUUGACUCUCAGACGAAGGAGAACAUGACUCUGCAGGCAAAGAACUUUGGCUCAACCUGUAAACUGAGUGAAAAAUUCAUUAAGGGCGCAGUUGGCUGUGGCAUUGUUGAAAGUAUCCUAAACUGGGUAAAAUUUAAAGCUCAGAGCCAGCUGAAUAAGAAGUGUUCGGCCGUGAAACACACCAAGAUUAAGGGUGUUCCUAAGCUGGAUGACGCCAAUGAUGCUGGCAGCAAGAAUUCUCUAGAUUGUACACUUAUCCUGACUGAGGGCGACUCGGCCAAAACACUGGCUGUGUCUGGCCUAGGAGUAGUUGGUCGAGACAAAUACGGAGUAUUUCCCCUUCGUGGCAAAAUACUCAACGUCAGGGAAGCUUCUCAUAAGCAGAUUAUGGAGAACGCUGAAAUCAACAACAUCAUCAAGAUUGUGGGUCUGCAAUAUAAAAAGAACUAUGAAGAUGAAGAAUCUUUAAAGAGUCUUCGCUACGGGAAGAUUAUGAUUAUGACAGAUCAGGAUCAAGACGGAUCGCAUAUCAAAGGUUUGCUGAUUAACUUCAUCCAUCACAACUGGCCAUCUCUUCUAAGACACAACUUUUUGGAGGAAUUUAUUACUCCCAUCAUAAAAGCUUCUAAAAACAAAGAAGAAAUCGCAUUCUACAGCAUUCCUGAAUUUGAAGAAUGGAAGAACAGUACACACAACCACAAUUCAUGGAAGAUCAAGUACUAUAAAGGUUUGGGUACCAGCACAUCGAAGGAGGCUAAAGAAUACUUUGCAGAUAUGGCAAAACAUCGAAUUGGCUUCAAAUAUUCGGGGCCUGAAGAUGAUGCUGCGAUCACCCUGGCCUUUAGCAGGAAGAAAAUAGAAGAGCGAAAGGAGUGGCUGACUAAUUUCAUGGAGGAUAGAAGACAACGGAAGCUGCACGGUCUGCCAGAGGAAUACCUAUAUGGGAAAAACACUAAUUACCUGACAUACAACGACUUCAUCAACAAGGAGUUAGUGCUGUUCUCAAACUCAGAUAAUGAAAGAUCAAUCCCGUCGCUGGUUGAUGGUUUGAAGCCAGGUCAAAGAAAAGUUCUUUUCACGUGUUUCAAGCGAAAUGAUAAGCGGGAGGUGAAGGUAGCUCAGCUGGCUGGUUCUGUAGCUGAGAUGUCCUCAUACCAUCACGGUGAGGCAUCGCUGAUGAUGACUAUUAUUAACUUAGCUCAGAACUUUGUGGGCAGUAACAACCUCAACUUGCUGCAGCCUAUUGGUCAGUUCGGCACCAGGCUGCACGGUGGGAAGGACUCUGCCAGCCCUCGAUACAUCUUCACCAUGCUCAGCCCCCUGGCACGGUUGGUGUUCCCACCGAUGGACGACAGCAUCCUGAAGUUCCUGUAUGACGACAACCAGCGCGUGGAGCCCGAGUGGUACAUGCCCAUCAUCCCCAUGGUGCUCAUAAAUGGGGCAGAAGGGAUCGGUACUGGCUGGUCCUGUAAGAUCCCCAACUUUGACAUCAGGGAAGUUGUGAAUAACAUCCGUCGGCUGAUGGAAGGAGAAGAGCCCUUGCCCAUGCUUCCUAGUUACAAGAAUUUCAAUGGCACCAUAGAUGAGCUGGGAGCUAAUCAGUACGUGAUAAGUGGUGAAGUGUCUAUCCUUGAUUCCACAACCAUCGAGAUCACUGAGCUGCCGGUCAGAACGUGGACACAGACUUACAAAGAGCAAGUUCUGGAGCCGAUGUUAAAUGGGACCGAGAAGGCCCCCCCGCUCAUCACAGACUACAAGGAAUAUCACACGGACACGACAGUGAGGUUUAUAGUGAAGAUGACCGAAGACAAACUAGCAGAAGCUGAAGCAAUGGGGCUGCACAAGGUCUUCAAACUCCAAACAAGUUUAACAUGCAACUCCAUGGUUCUUUUUGACCACGUGGGCUUUCUCAAGAAGUACGACUCUCCUCAGGAUAUUCUUAAAGAGUUCUUUGAACUCAGGCUCCGAUAUUACAAUUUGAGAAAAGAAUGGCUUAUUGGAAUGCUGGGUGCCGAGUCUGCAAAACUGAGCAACCAGGCGCGUUUCAUCCUGGAGAAAAUAGACGGCAAAAUUGUGAUCGAAAACAAACCCAAGAAAGAGCUGAUCCAAGUUCUUGUCCAGAGAGGGUAUGAAUCGGAUCCAGUGAAGGCUUGGAAGGAAUCGCAAAACAAGGAGGAGGAGGAGGAGGAGGAGAAGGAAGAGAGUGACAAAGAAUCAGCUGCAUCUGCUGGACCAGACUUCAACUAUCUGCUGAACAUGCCCCUUUGGUAUCUGACUAAAGAGAAGAAAGAUGAGCUCUGUAAGCAGCGAGAUAACAAAGAAAAGGAGCUGGAAAACCUGAAGUGCAAGAGUGCCUCUGAUCUGUGGAAGGAAGACCUUGCUGUCUUUAUUGAAGAACUUGAUGUAUUGGAAGCCAAAGAGAAGCAGGACGAGAUGGCAGGGUGUGCUGGGAAACCUCUAAAGGGGAAAGGAGGGAAAACGAAGGUGAAGAAGAUGCAGCUGGCAGAGGUAAUGCCCUCGCCUCAUGGCGUAAGAGUUGUUCCUCGGAUAACGGCGGAGAUGAAGGCAGAAGCAGAGAAGAAGACUAAAAAGAAAAUAAAGAGUGAAAAAACUGAAUUUGAUGAGAAUCGAGAAGAAAACACAUCAGAAGAGAAAGAGCCUGCAGGCCUUAAGCAGAGAUUAGCGCGGAAGCUUAAUACUGAGAAAGGUACUAAGAGACAGGCCACUCUACCAUUUAAGCCCCUAAAGAAAAUGAAGAAACAAAACGUUUGGUCUGACUCAGGGUCUGAUUCAGAGUCUGAUUUUGAAGCUCUUCCUCAAAGAGAGCGAGUGGUUCGCCAAGCAGCAGCCAAAGUCAAGGCCAUAAUCAGUUCGGACUCGGAUGCAAAUCCCUCGAGCUCAGAUGAGUCUGAGUUUCAGAUCAGCAGUGAAGGCUGCGCUGAGCUGGAUACAGACUCAAAGAAAAAAGCUCCCAAGCCCAGAACUGCUCCGAAGGAAACCACGGAGAAAGCAGCUAAAGCUCCGAAGCAAAAGCCAGUGCAAAGCACAAUCCCUGUCCAAGAUGUUGGCAACGAAAAUGUGAGCCAAGCUCCUGCAGCUCCUUCUGUCUCUGUGCCUCGCGGUAAGGCCGUACCUAAGAAGCCCACUGCCGCGAAGAAGGGCAGUGCUGCUAAGGAUCACCAGCCGUCCAUCGUGGACAUUCUGACCAAGCCAAAGGCUGCGCCCAAACCCAGCAAGGCGGCGCCGAAGGGCCGCUCCCUGGAUCCCGAGGCCGAGCCAGCGGGUGGCAAGAAGUCCGGUGUGACCAAGGGCCAAAAAAUUGCCAAAAGGCUGCCGAGCUUUUCAGAUUCGGAUUCAGAUUUUGGCCUGAAGCCUUCCAAAUCUGUUGCAGCAAAGAAAUCCAAGCUGGAAGACGAUGAUAGCUUUACCGUCGACUUAGCUGCUUGUUCGGACAGUCCCGUAGCAGCCGUGCCCCACGCCAGGCCUGGGCGUCUCAGAAAGCCUGUCCAGUACGUGGAGGAGUCCGACGAGGAUGAUACGUUUUGA